UUUUCGCAUCAGUUUGUCGUUGGCUCUCCCAUGAAGAUCAUCCUGGGACAACGCCUCCACCACUACUUCAUUACCUCCAAAUGCUGCCGUAUAGCAUUGCCCUCCUACGUCUCUGGGGUGUCUGGGUACCUCAGGAGUGGUGGCCCACAUGGAGAAAAAAAUUAUACCCAGCGUACACCGUUUUCGUUAUAUGUUUUGUUUACGCAAACACUUUGUCGCAGAUAAUCGAGCUUUUCACAACGUACGAGACUGUCAAGGGUUUCAUCAACAAAUCGUUUAUACUUCUCUCGACAAUCGCUGGAAGUGUCAAAGGUGCCCACUGUAUUCUACACAGACAGGAGUUUAUAAAUCUGGCGAAAACUCUGGAGUCCUACCCGUGUCGACCGGAGACACUCGAGGAAGAGGCAAUUCAACGAGAAUUCAAUAAAAAGAUUAAACACAUGAACAGACGUUACAUCACCAUGCAUCUAUUUACAAUAACAACAUUAACAAUUGCGAGUAUUCUUCGCGACGUCCCCAAAGGCGAGCUCUACUACAAGGCCUGGAUCCCCUUCGACUACACAUCCCCGCCUCGCUUCUGGUCCGCCUACAUUCAUCAAGUUAUCGCCCAUUAUUUCGAUCUCUGCAUGCACGCCGGAUACGAUACCCUAGCGCCGGGGAUGAUGAUCCAUGCUUGCGCUCAAUUCGCGAUCCUGGGGCAUCGUUUCCGGAUCCUUCCCCAGCGCAUAAAGGAACAACUGCGGGAGUCCGCGGACAUCAAUGAGUGCCAUGAGUUCAAGGCUUUGGAAACGAAAAAACUGACCGCUUGUGUCAGACAUCAUCUCCAAAUAUUUGAGUUCGCUAAGACGAAUAAUAACAUAUUUAGCGGCAUGAUAUUCAUGCAGUACACGGUGAGCUCCUUGGUACUCUGCAUGAGCACUUUACGAUUAUCUCAGAUACACGCCUUCAGUCCGACACUUCUCUCCAUCUUCUUGUACUUCUUGAGCAUGAUUGUGCAGAUAUUCAUGCCGUGCUUUGCAGGAAAUCAAAUCACGAUUGCCAGUGAAAGACUUUGCAACGACAUUUACAGCAUGGACUGGACAAUCUUAAGUACUUCAACCAAACGAAGUUUAGCCAUGAUAAUAGCUAGGGCUCAGAAACCCCUGAAAUUCACCAGUGGAUAUAUCCUGACUCUAUCGAUAGACUCGUUCAACAGUGUUGUGAAGACAUCCUAUUCAGCGUUCAACGUACUCCACGGUUCCUCCGACUUUUAAACUCAACGGCUGCUACGGCUAGGACGGCAAUGGUUUCCAAUGUAAAACCGAAAUAGAGAAAAUAGAGGACAUAGUUAUCCAAAAUAAAUAUCAGAUUAAUAGUUCUGCCUUUCCCAGUCAAGACAAAGAAGAGGAUUAAAAAUUGGAUUCUUCGAAGAUGAAGAAAAGGAG